UACACAUUGAUCAGCGCACAGGAUCGCUCCGGUAGCCGUACGUGAAGUGAUCACUUUUUGUCACCAACAAAAACCGUUGUGAUUUGAAAGUAUUUUACACCCUGUGGAUUCCAAAAUGUUGAGCCAACAAAUUUCCUCCCUAAAAGCAGUUACGUGUAUGGUGCUGUUGCUGUCGAUAGUGUGCUCUCUGGUGGCAGGCUCCGCCAUGCCGCCACUUUGUGAGAAUAGACUAAUUGAGGAGUUGCCACCAAAGUUCCGGAAAGUGUGUGCAGCACUAGAAAAUUCUAACCAGUUUGCAGAAGCUCUAAACGCCUACAUACGAAAAGAGGCAGCUGGUAAUGCUUUUCUUUAUCUGGAUGACGACAUGCUGGUACCUGGGCAGAAUGGAAAGCGAACGGACGUUGACCACGUGUUUUUGAGGUUCGGUAAACGGCGCUAAACUGUUCGGCUUUGCUAUCGAUUUUAUCAAUCGACUGUCUUGAUGUACGACGCACAGCGAACGGAAUCAUUGAACACAAAUAUGGUGUAAAUUGUAUGAUUGUACGACACAUUCUUGAAGGAGAAUACUGCAAAUCGAUGGAAGUCUUAUUCAUAUAGCUAUCUGCGCGAGGAACGGCAUGGUUUUUAUGUUUAUCUUGAGUAGUUUGCACAAUUCGAACUGAGCUCCCCAUUCCCAGACAGUGGUGCGGUCAAUAUGUAAUAUAAAUAACAGUAUCAAGCAUCUAGUCAGAAUAUAGAAAUGCUACGAGAAGAAGGUGAUUGAAUGUAUUCAUAUUGUGAUUCAAAUCAUCAAACAUGUCACAAUAGGUUCCAUGAUUACAUUCAAAAAAGCACGUAUUGUAACGAAACAACUUUGUGAAAUAAAAUUGAAAUAUU